UUGCAAUCAUUCCGCGGAAUAAGUGGAAAUGAUUCGGUCGUUGACAAUAGGAUAUUUACACUUUUUAUUUUUAUUCACUCGAUGAUUUUCUGUAUUUGUUCCUCGUGCUGCUGAGUUAUAUCUCAUAAUUUGGAUCUAAAGCUGAUCUUUUUUUUUUUCAUCUAAAAGAGAAAAAAACUUUAUGUUCCAGAGUGAGCUGCUUAUUCUGUUUAGGGUCAGAGAUGGCCUUAAUAAUCCGUCUUAAUAAAAUGCAAUAGAGCGGUGGACCUUGUAGAUAGGCCGGUAGCCCACUUAGUAUUUUGCUAUAAAAGUGACUCAAAAGGGGGCGGCGUCCGCCAGACAAACGGAGGAGAGCUUUCGCACCAGAUAUCUAGUUUUACGCAACACUCGAUUGUAUGUUUGGUAGAUUUUUUUAUUAUAUGUAUGUGUUAUAUGCAGAAAAUAUUGGAUACCCAACAAAAUAAUUAAAACGGCAGUCGGAGUGAAAGUCUUCUGAGCGCUGGUGCAGAGCAGGUGGUCCUGGAGCAGCGUCAGUCAUGGGAGCGCAUGGAUGGAGCGCAGCGCGCAUCUGGUUCUGCCUUUGUGGAUACUUGGCGUUUUUCUGCAGCGAGUUCUUCCCGACGGCCGAAGCCGGCUGCAGGGAGAGGGCGAGCCAGCACUGCUGCCCCGGCAGAGACAACACGUGUUUUGAGUACACAAGGAGAAAAACGGUGUGCUACUGCGACAGCUACUGUCAGAAAACCAGAGACUGCUGCGAGGACUAUCAGUACGUGUGCCAAAUAUCCGCAGCUAUCGACUGUGUGGUUGGAUCAUGGGGUCCCUGGUCAUCAUGCUCAUCUCCGUGUGGAAUUGGCAGCAAGGAGAGGAGUCGUCAAGUUUCCGUUCCCCCGAGAAACGGGGGCACACCCUGCCCAGAUCUCCGGCAGAGACGAGGAUGUUUCGGCAACAAUGUCAUAUGUGACAAUACCAAAGAGGUGGCAAAGAUCCUGCCCGAUUCUUUCAGAAGGAACUUCAAGGACCCUUGGAGGCGACCACACAUGCUGAUGAAGGAGGAGAAGAAAAGUUACUGCGUGUACCUGAGGGUGAAACAGGCCAGUGCUGCAUGUAAACUCCAGUGGUGGAGUGCUCAGCUGAUACGAGAGCGGCUGGUCUGCACGGAGUGUCAAAGCGAUGCCAUGUCAAAGUCUGAUCGCUGUGUAGGAGAGGGCCAGGAGGACAUUAGAACUUUCUGGACUGCAGCUUCAGCUCCUGGUUGUCAUGGUUCCUGGAUGCGAGAGCUGUCUUCUGAACCCUGCAGUUGUCCUCCUUACUCUGUCCUUUUUGUUUGAGCUGAUCUGAUUGCAGGGAUCUGGUUGCCCUCAGCCUCGUCUAACCGAGUAGAGUCCUGCCAACCAAACCAGACCCUUCUGUCCUGGUUCCUGGAUAGACUGCUGAUGGAAAUCAGCUGCAUCCUGCCACUUCUCAUGUCACACCCUGUACUGUAUGCGUAAAAGAUAAGCACACAGGACGCCAUGCAUUUAUUCGCCUUAAGUUUAACCACCGCAAAGUCCACGUUCUAUUACCUCUGAAUCUUUGCUACCUACCUCCAUCAAUGCAAAUGUGUCUGCUAAAACAUAAUGUAUAGAUUUGAAAAGAAAAGGUGUAUUUUGAUUCCUACAUUUUAUACUUAUGUUGGUUUCUGUGUACUUUGUCUGUGCUUUUAUAGAUAUACUCUGUUGUAUCUAAAAGAUAAACAUGAAAGAAUAGGUGGUUAACUCAGUUUAAACAAUGAUCUGCUUGAUGGAGAGCCUAUAAAUACUGAUCAAAUAUAUGCAUGUUGUACCAUA